UUAUUCUAUAUUAAACCUAGAUGAAAGGAGAACAUUGAAUUAAUAUCUUGAAAGAACUAGCUACAUGUCCAGACUUCACCUUGCUUCUUAAUCAUUUUCUUCAAUAAGUCAAGCUUCUUUCUUUCAGCAAUGGCGCCACCGGCUGAUAAUGAAGUUGUCCUUGAGUUUCGAUUCUUCAAGGUGUACAAAGACAGCCGUGUCGAAUUAGUCUGGCCGGAAUGCCCCAAAGUCCCACCAUCCACUGACCUGAUUACUGGGGUUCAGUCCAAAGAUGUGAUGAUCUUAACUGAACCCCAAGUGUCUGUCCGUGUUUUCUUGCCGAAACUCAAAGCCCCUGACCAAAAACUCCCUCUCUUACUUUUCGUGCAUGGUGGUGGCUUUGUAAUGUUUUCACCCUCUGCAAUUCCCUACCACGUUUUAUGCAACAAAGUAGCAGCUGACGCUAACGUUAUUGUUGUCUCUGUUGAGUAUGGUCUCUUCCCUACCAGACCGAUACCAGCAUGCUAUGAGGAUUCGUGGGAAGCGCUCCAGUGGGUGGCUUCACAUGCUGAUGGGAGUGGAGCUGAGCCGUGGCUGAACAAUCAUGCUGAUUUUGGUAAAGUUUUUUUGGGGGGAGACAGUGGUGGGGCUAACAUAUCACAUACUCUAGCAUUCCGGGUCGGGUCAAUUGGGUUACCCGGAGUGAAGGUAGUUGGAAUGAUCAUGGUGCAUCCAUUUUUUGGUGGUACCGAGGAUGACAAGAUGUGGUUAUACAUGUGCCCAAGUAAUAGUGGGUUGGAUGAUCCCAGGCUGAAUCCGGGAUUAGAAGAUCUUGCUAGGCUUGGCUGUGAGAGGGUGUUGAUCUUUGUGGCUGAGAAAGACAGCUUAAUUGCUGUAGGAAGGAACUAUUACGAGAAGUUGAAGAAGAGUGGAUGGAAGGGAAGCGUUGAAAUUGUUGAGAAUGAAGAUGAAGAUCACUGCUUCUACUUGCUUGAUCUCAAUUCAGAGAAGGCUGUUGGAUUACUGCAUAAGUUUGUUUCCUUUCUCAAACAAGACUAGAAUUCCCUGGUGAUUUAGUCCUAUCAUUUUUCCUUUUUGUCUUUUAUAAUUGUUGAAACACCUCGUUGUUUUAUGACUAAUCAAGGGUGAAUAAUCCUCUUCCAAUCCUAAUUCAAAAUCCUUUGAAUAAGCUUAAAAUAUAUGAUGAUCU